AUGAACCCAGCUGGUCCGAAGACCCAUAAGGCUUUAAAGGCCAUUCACCAAGAAAUCUAUCGGUUACGUAUGGUUUGCGGCUCCCUCAGUGCAAAAAUUUUGCCAAAAAAUUCAGCAAUGACGUCAAUAGUAGAUUCUCAUCUUGAAGAUGCAAUGAAAGCAUAUGCCCCGCUGUUUCAGCCACUAAAAGACUUGGCCAGAAACUGGACUGUAGAUCUUGAAAAAUGCUUAGAAGUAUUGUCCAGGAUGAAACAAGUUCAAGAAGUAGAACGAAACAGUGGUGGUCACUUUAAUUUUGCUCAAGCAGCUUUAGUGGUUGCUGGUGGGGCGGAAGUUUAUGGUCGAAAGGUCGAUUAUGUUCAUCAGUUAACGCUUGGUUUUUUUGAACAGUUGAGUGAAAAAGCGAGAAGGAGUAAAAAAGGUACAGCAGACAACGAAAACGAUGAGAAUCUGCCGUGUGAUAUUCCACAAGUCCCCGAUGAUCCAUGUGAAUGGGUCGACCUUAAGAAGUUGCGUCCGGCUGACCCUAAAACACUUGUUCUAAAAAAGUCUGCUUGCAAACCAGCAAAAUUACUACCUCAAGUAAUCAGUUUUUGUACCUUUCUGUUUUCGAUCACCUGCUCAACUCUGUACAAAGUUUUUUUUCCGAUUCCUAUGGAGCUUGUUCCAUUGACCAGUGAAGAGAAGAUGGACGUACCACUUUACGAUAGUGUAAAUCCAAAUAUACUAAUCGGGAUGAAGGAUGACUUUAAAAUGAAUACUGCGUUUAUACAUGAAAGCGGCGCAAUGUUGUUGGAUUUGGUUAAUGAAAGAAUUAUCAACGAAUUCACAACAAAAGAAAUUGUAGCUGAAGUUACAAAUAUGAUGCGGACGUUAAGAGAUGCUGAUGGAACUACAGGUAUUGUUUCCUUGGUGCUUCAUCUUGUUGCAAAUGAAGUAAACGGAGGAGCUCAAGGAGAUGGGGGAGAUGCAACACUUGUAGGAGAAGCACAACAGCCUGCUGAAAUAGUUCGGGAUGAAGAAUUUACGCAUCAAGACGUUCUUUCUAAAAAGGGGCCUUCAACACAGUUGUUGCCUGAUGAAAUGGUUCCUUUAAUUCUUGAGAAACCUGCCGAAUUAUUUCCAAGUGACGACGAAGGAAAUUUUGGCGGUGGCGAUGGCUAUAAUGAUAUGGAUAUUGAAGAAUGCGGUCCGCCUCCUCACCCAGCAGACGAGGAGGGUUUUGUUGAUAACGAUAUCGAUGAAGUUGACAUCUUUACAGAAUUCAGUUAUCGAGUGCUUCCACCGAAGGUUAUAAAGCCAUAUAACUUAGCCAGCAGCUUGAUACAAAGGCAAAAGAAAAAACUGCUCUCGUUAGGGUUGAACCCACAAACCUCAUUCAUGGAUUAUUUGCACAACGAAGUUUAUCGUAAUUCAGUCAAAAUACCGUAUAGGAAAUAUGAUGCUGGCUUCAACUGCGCACCGUUGAUAGCAGUUUCUGAAUUUAUUAGUAAGGAGGAGAAACGAAGGAAUGCUUUCAAAAAUGCUUUGCGCAAACAACGUAGGUUGAAUAAAGAAAAACAAGUAGAUGAAGAAGCAGCCGUUGCUGAAGAAGAAUUGGUUGUUGGCGCUGGUGACGAUUUCGCUGACGACGUUUCCGAACCGGAAUUCAAUGAAUUUAAUAAUGAUGUGGCCGAAGAAGAAGUUCGGUUUGGAGAAGUCAUUGACAAUGAAGACAUGGAUUCGAAUUUCCGAGAUGUUAUUCAUGGAGGCUCUGAAGUCAAUGAUUCUGUUGUUCCUACUGAAGAAAUGAGCUUCAACGCUCGCCUACGCCAUUAUUUAAAUUUGUACUGGGCUGAGGGAGAAGAAAUACAUUCAAAAUUGGAUGAAAGAGUUCAAAAAUGGGAUGAGACUGUUACGCCUUUACUCGAGGAAGAAGAGCGGAGACGUGUGUUUGACAUUCAUGAUUACGGUUCAGAGUUACUGGCGAAAUUUGACCAGUGCGGUCAGCAGAGAGGUUUCUUCGAAGUCAGUUUUACUUCAACUCAUUCUCAACUGGUCGUCAUGUCAUUUCAGUGUCGUACUAUUUCUUUGUUUACUCAAAACAAAUUACUUUUCCCAUUUCAGUUGAUUCAGAAAGUUCCUGAUUACGAAGUCAGCCGCUAUUUCUUAUCUUCUUUGAUGUUAGCCAACACGUAUAACUUGGAAAUUACUUUCGACGACGAUGGGUUUCAAGGAGGAAAUGAAAUGGACGACCAUUGUUUAGGAGAAAAUUACCGGUUAAAACUUUUAAAACGAGAUCGCCAUCAUGAAGCAAUUGAACAGUCUGUGACUUCUUAA